UCAGGCCUGGCGUGAAACCUGUCCACGCAAAGGGCGGCAAGUUGGAAAGUGCCGUGGCCUUGAGGGGAGCGUGGCUCAGGAGAAUGAGACUUGGCAGGACAUAAAGGGCAAAGAAACUGCAGUGAUCCUUCAGUUUCCUCUCUUCACUUGUGACAGCAAACGAAGCUGAUCACCAAGGAAGUUUUUGCUGAGGAAAUUCAGUUUGCUUAAGGAACGCCUUCAGAAUCCAGAUACAUUUGAAAAACUUAAAAUAAAUGAGCAUUCUUCUAAUUGAAGCUUUUUAUGGUGGUUCCCACAAGCAGCUAGUGGAUCUUCUGCAGGAGGAGGUAGAAGAAUGUGUCCUCUACACAUUGCCAGCAAAGAAAUGGCACUGGAGAGCACGGACUGCUGCCCUCUAUUUCAUGCAAACCGUGCCAGCUAAUGCUAAUUACAGGAUCCUCUUUGCAAGCUCAGUGCUUAACCUGACUGAACUUAUUGCCCUUCGGCCUGACCUUGGCAAAUUGAAAAAGGUCCUUUACUUCCAUGAGAACCAACUGGCAUAUCCUGUCCAGAAAUGCCAAGAAAGAGAUUUCCAAUAUGGAUACAACCAGAUUCUUUCAUGUUUGGUUGCUGAUAUUGUAGUGUUCAACUCUGCUUUUAAUAUGGAGUCAUUUCUUACAUCUAUUGGAAAAUUUAUGAAGCUGAUUCCUGACCACAGACCAAAGGAUCUGGAAAAAAUAAUCAGACCGAAGUGCCGAGUUCUUUACUUUCCAAUCAGGUUCCCUGAUGUGAGCAGGUUCAUGCCAGAACACAAACUGGCCCAUUUGGAGAAGAUAACUGGCGUUAAAGGAAAUGGAGAUACUUAUCGAUUUAAGGGUCUGCCUCUCCAACAGAAGAAUGAAGCUACUGGGGGUUUAAUGAAAAACAGCAACUUGGGUCAGGGGUCUGGACUUUGUGAAGUACAGUCUGGACUUUGUACCACACAACAAGAAAGCCUACAUAACCCAUUAACAGCAGUGGAGAAAUUGAACAAGUCUGAGGCAUCAGAAAGUACAAAUCCUUGUCAGGAGGAAGAUAAGCAACAUCUGACUUUUAACCCCUGUAAUAUUUUGAGUGGAAUGGACUGUCAGCAAAGACCUUUACACAUUGUCUGGCCUCACAGGUGGGAACAUGAUAAAGACCCUGAAAAUUUCUUUAAAGUAUUACUGAAACUUAAAGAGAAGGAACUACAUUUUCACGUAUCUGUCCUGGGAGAGACUUUCACCGAUGUGCCAGAUAUAUUUUCAGAGGCCAAAAAGGCAUUGGGAUCUUCGGUCUUGCACUGGGGCUACUUACCCAGCAAAGAUGACUAUUUCCAAGCUCUGUGCAUGGCUGAUGUUGUCAUCUCAACAGCUAAACAUGAAUUCUUUGGAGUGGCAAUGCUAGAAGCUGUAUAUUGUGGUUGUUAUCCACUCUGUCCCAAAGCCUUGGUGUAUCCAGAAAUAUUUCCAGCUGAAUAUCUGUAUUCUACACCUGAACAGCUUCUUAAAAGGCUUCAAAAUUUCUGCAAGAGACCAGAUAUUGUAAGGAAACAUCUCUAUAAGGGGGAGAUGGCUCAGUUUUCUUGGGCAGCGCUACGUGGUAAAUUCAGGUCUCUGCUCACAACAGAACCUAGGGAAGAUUUGUGACAGAUGGGGCUAAGUCACAAACUUGCAGCCUAAGGCAGAAUCUGUAGAACUUUCCAGAGUGUGCCCAUAUUUACCUGAUCAGAGAGAAAAGAAAAUCUGCAGAGGAAGCUGAGCCUGGCUGCUUGUCAUAGCUGACACAGAGCCAUCUGCCACAAACCUGUGGCGGCUUCAGAUCUCCAAUCCCUGCCACCACCCCAACUCAAAUUAAAUACAGAUUCUUAGAGACGUUAUGAUGGUUACACAUGUCCUCGGCAUCACAUGCAGGAGACUGUUCAAAAAAAAUAUGUGGCCUGUUGUAUAACCGCACUCAUGUAUCCCAUAUGUGGUGCCACAUUGAAUUUCCGGUUGAAUCUGUUUUUAUCCUUUGUACUGGAUGACAUGGUGCCUGAAUUCUUUCUUUUUGCCGACAUGAUGGCAGCCAAACUACAGCUUCAAACGCUCACACUUGGCUGGGUUUCUACCUAGGUUGCCAGGUUAUCAUUGGAGCCUUAUUGUGUCCUCAAAGGGCCACAGGGCCUGAAAGGAGGAUCAGAGUGCUACCGGACUAAUUGGGCAGCCAUCUAUGAAUUGUUUGUAGGCAAAGGGCUGCUUUAGCACUUUUCUUUUUGCAAAUUAAUGACUCUCUGGCACAGGGGUUUUUAAGUGAAGGUAUUAAUAAGGGGUCUGGCAGGUAUUCCCAUGAUUCACAGAGUUACAUUUGCAUUUAAUUAAUCUUAAAGAAAGCUGCAAGAUAAACAGCUGUAAUUCAAACUAGCAUGGGAAAUAUGCUACAUGGUGCCAUCUAUCCGAUAAAAUGAAAGCUGAGACACUUGUUUUAUUUCUCUCAAGGAUGGAGAACAAACAGAUAACAGUCAAAAUACUUCCAAUGAAAACCAGUAGUUUUAAUGUAACUGCAGUUCAUCAAAAAUCUUUGCAUCCAGCUACAAAUAGUCUUUUACAGAUAAAUCACUUAUGAUUCUAACAGUCAAGCUGCUAUAUUUGUUGAUGUAAAAUGUUUUGAAGAUUUAGAUUGUACAAUAAAUUUUUAAUAAAGCGCCCACUGCAAUUUUUAAUUAGCAUAUCUCAUUCAUGUAUAAGUGUGUACAUCUAUCUGUAUGUUUAUCACUCUGCAUAUCCUUGUGUCAGAGUCAAUGAAUACAAUUGUGUCUUUAUCUGAUGAAUUAGAAUCUGUUUUGCAAAUGACAAUAAAAUGCUAAGACA